UUCUUCGAACGGGUUGGAAAAAACUUUCUGCUAGGGCGUCAUCGAUAAUUCCAGGCAUAUCGCUUCACCGCUUUCACUCCCACCGUCAAAUCGACCCACGUUCCUACCUCACGUACCUCCCUCUACGAAACGCCCUCCCACAACCUCGCCUACCCCAACCACAGGAUGAAUCUUGAAACGACCAUCCUCUUCGAAGUUCAUGAUAAUGUUUGUGGAUGUACAGAAGUAUGGGAUUCCGCGUCCGGCUGCCCUCGACUCACGCAAACGCCACAACCGUCCAGCGUAGCUCACUCUACGCCCGAACCAUACUCACCUUUCGAUCCCCUCCUUCGUCCACCCCAUAGUCGACCCGAUCCGACCAAGCCAUCUACGCCUCCGCCCUCUACCCCAGACUGUUCGACCUCCCACUCUCACGCAAUGUCACCUCCAUCUCCACCUUCCUCCAACAGCGAUCCAGACACAGACCCGCUAGACUUCCUCUCCUCGCUUCUCGCAACUCCACCGCCACGGACCUCCGGGCCACCUCGCGAGACAUGCUUCUUCCGGUACCACGGUCACUGUCGGGCAGGAAAUGCAUGCACGAAGGCGCAUGAACAUCACAUCACCUGGCCCAUCUCCAUCCCGACCGGUUUUGUACAUUUCAGGAAGUGUGAGCUAACCUUCUGUCCGCUACGAGAUCCACUUGGUCGGGUGCAGGACAGUAGCAUGCCUGAGAAGGAGCGAGAAAAUGACGGGAUGAACAAGGAUAGGAAGCCUGGUAUUGCCACGGAAGCGAAGACGCUCGCUACAACAGCAUCCAGCUCACAUACUCUAUCUUCUGCCUCUUCACAAGAGCCCGAGACGUGCUUCUUCUGGUAUCAUGGGAAUUGCCGGCGUGCAGAUGCAUGUCCGUUGGCGCAUGAAGUCGUGGGCGAGGAGAUGGUGAAGCCGCCGCCUAGGUACAAUGGGAAGCGGCAUGUUGGCUGUCACUUGGCGCUUUGUCCAUUUGCCAGCGUGGAAGGGGGCAAGGAAAGGGGAGUGAGUGGGCAUGGGUAGAUUCUUACAAGAAUGUAUGGGGAAGGGGUUGAGGCGAUGGUAACUGAGGAGUGGCGACCUUGGGAGGCGAUGGAUCAAUUAAGGGUAUAUUGCACAACUGUGAUAUCGCCAGGGUCCCAGACACUAGCUACAUUCACAGUCGCUUUCGACACAUCGUUGAAAGA